UUUACUUUUUGUUUCAGAAACUAUGAACAAUAAUAAUAACAUCUACAUCAAUGAUGAUAAAGAAAGUAUAUCAGACUUUUUUAAGGACAGCAAAAUACUCGUUACUGGUGCCACAGGGUUUCUAGGGAAGGUACUGGUGGAGAAGCUUUUACGAUGUUGUGAAGACAUUGAAAAUAUUUACAUAUUAUUAAGACCAAAAAGAGGUUUGGAAACAGAACAAAGACUAACGGAGCUCCUGAAGAACCCUAUUUUUAAUAAGUUAAAAGAAACAAAUCCUAAGGCCUUACUUAAAUUGCAAGUGGUACAUGGUGAUAUAUCAGUACCAAACAUGGGUUUGCCGAAAAAUGAGAUUGCACUUCUUCAAGAAAAUAUAAAUUUUGUUAUACAUUCAGCUGCAACAGUCAGUUUUUCAGAGAGUCUCAGCACUGCAGUUAAUCUAAAUACUAUUGGAACUAAACGCAUUGUGGAUCUGUGUUUGGAGAUGAAGAAUUUGAAGAGCCUGGUGUACGUUUCUACAGCAUACAGUAAUCCUUUUAGAAAAACUGUAAAUGAAGAAGUUUAUAAACAACAAUACAAUUACAAAUCGGUUAUCCACUUGGUUAAUAACUUUUCAGAAGAUGAUGUGAACUUACUGUCUAAAAAUAUAAUGGGAGAUCACCCAAACACAUAUACGUGUACCAAGUCCUUGGCAGAGGAAUUAAUUCUGGACCAUUCGGAGAAAAUUCCUUGUUGUAUAGUGCGCCCUUCAAUUAUAACUUCAGCUUGGAGAGAACCCUAUGAAGGAUGGGUCGACAGUUAUGCAGGUAUAACUGGCCUUUUCAUGGAAUGUGGCAGAGGAACACUGAGGUCAGUGGUUUGCAAUCCGAAAUGUGUCAUGGACUUAAUACCAGUUGACGUGGUGGCAAACACAAUUAUUGCUGCAACAUGGCAAACAUCAUUGAACAGGCCUGAGAAGAUGAAAGUUUACAACUGUACGAGUGGAAGCAUUAAUCCAAUUAAAUGUUAUCAGUUUCAAAAUUAUGCCAAUGACUAUUUCCACGUAUGUCCCAGUAAAUAUGUAAUGUUGCAGCCAUAUUUUCAAUUCAGAAGAAACGAAUUUAUACACUCAUUCUAUGCUCUAUUUUAUCAUAAAUUGCCAGCCAUUUUGUUUGAUAUGUACAUGUUUCUCAAAUACAGGAAGACUGGGAUGUUAAGAACAGGUAGAAAAUUUUGGAAAGCAAUGGACAACAUAAAAUAUUUUACCACUAAAGAAUGGAAUUUUCAAACUGAUAAUAUGGAGGAACUUGUACGUUGUGUUAAAAACAAUAAAGAUUGUAACAAGUUUGAUAUUGAUAUGAGAAGUUCAAAUGGCUUUUAUUGGGAAAAAUAUGUGCAAAAUUAUGUUAUGGGCAUUCGACUGUAUUUGCUGAAGGACGAUUUAAAGAGUUUACCAAAAGCAAAAGCCAAAUUAAUAAGGCUCUAUUGGAUUCAAAGUUUUUUGAAGAUGAUAAUGAUGUUCCUAUUUCUAAAGUCUGUUUAUCAUUUUUUUUAAAUUUUCACAUUUUUACACACACAAAAUAAUAAGAUGAAUGUCGCCAAAAUUUACAAUGCCAAAGAGUCAAUAAUUUUUUAUUUAUAUAUUAAUGGUAAAUUUCCUUGAAAUUAGAAAUUAUGAAUAUUAUUAAUUUAUAUAAAUAAAAGUAUAUGUAAA